CAAAACCCCAUUUUCUCUUUCAUUUAUCUCUAUCCUUUUCUUCCUCCUCUUAUCUGUUCAUCAAAUCUCUCUUUCUUUUAUUAUUAUUAUUGUUGUUAUUAUAAUAUAUUUGAUUUUGCCCAUACCUACAAUCCAAUCAUCUACACUACUACACCCACAACUAUCUUAUUCAUCUUCAUUAUCAUAUUAUAAAGAAAGUAUAAUUUUAAUUUCUUUUUUAUCAAAUGAAAAGAGAGUAUGUACUAGAAGAAAAAAAUAAAAAUAAAGAUCAUUCUAGUAACACAAACACUAUGUUUGGUAAACUUCAUCAUCACCAAAAUCAAUCUCCUCAACAUUUUCAACACCAUCACCAACAACAACAACAGCAGCACCUUCAGCAGCACCAGCACCAGCAUCAGCAGCAUAAUUUUCACCAUCCAGCUUUUCAACUAACACGCGAAUGCCAAACUUCAGAGGAAGCAGACAGUACUACUCAUCGAAUGAGUCCUACAAACAGAAACGAUACUUUAAACCCUCAACCGGUUAAUGCAGUAGCACCGCCGCCGCCGCCGCAGCAGCCACCUUCCUCCGCCGGUAACGACGGUGCUACGAUUGAAGUUGUUCGCCGUCCCCGCGGCCGUCCGCCUGGUUCGAAAAACAAACCUAAACCACCUGUUAUAAUUACUCGUGAUGCUGAGCCAUCUAUGAGUCCUUAUAUACUUGAAAUUCCAACUGGAGUUGAUAUAAUCAACUCUAUUACCAAGUUCUGUAGAAAACGGAAUAUGGGUCUUUGUGUUCUUAACGGUUCAGGUACUGUAACGAAUGUUACUCUCCGGCAACCGUCAACUACACCGGUUUCGACUGUUACCUUUCAUGGCAGAUUCGAUAUACUGUCAAUUUCAGCAACAGUUGUUCAACCAAAUGCGAGUGUUCCAUCGAACAAUGGGAUAGCAAAUGGGUUCACAAUUUCAUUAGCAGGUCCACAAGGUCAAGUUGUGGGCGGUGGCGUAAUCGGACCUCUUGUUACCGCCGGGACGGUUUACUUAAUCGCUGCAACUUUUAACGGUCCGUCUUAUCAUCAGUUACCGGCGGAGGAGGAAUUAGCAAGGAAUAAUUCUGGUGGUGGAAAUGAAGACGGGUCGCCGCCGCCGCAUGCGGAGGUUUCCGGUGGAGGAGAUAGUGGACAUCCACCGUCAACGACGGCGCCGGAAACUUGUGGGAUGUCGAUAUACAGCUGUCAUUUACCGUCGGAUGUGAUAUGGGCACCUACUGCUAGACAACCACAACCACCACCUCCACCACCUUACUAAAAUUCUUGGAAUCUGUGCUCUCUUAUGCUGUCAAAUUUUCUUCACUAAUCUGGGUUUUGUAUUUUGGGAUUAAUAUUUUUUUUCUUGUUUUUUGUUUAGUUUAUUUAGUUGACUUUAGUUUAUUUUUGUAUCUUUUAUGUUAAUUAAAAAAAUGUACUGUGGAUUAGUCCUUUUUUUAUUUGUUGUUUAUCUUUGGUUGGGAAAGAGGAGAAUAUUUUGGUACUAAUUGAAGUAGUAUUUUAGUUA